UGUACGUGUGGGCAAGGUGUGUGUUUGUAUGUGUGUAUGUAUGUACAUACAUACUUAAUAGAAAAUAACGUAAAUGAGAGUCGAAAUGCUGUUUCUCAAAAAACGAAGGGAGCCUUGACAUCUUGUUGAUGUUCUUUCAUGUACACGUGACCAUUCUUCUACGUGACCGUAAAAGCAAGGAUAGAGGGGUUUCUUUUGCACAACUCUCUGUGACUGUGUGUGUUUGAAUUCUUUGCGAUAAAGUGACCGGCAGGAUUCAUAAAGUGUUGACAUUAUCAAUGGAUAAAAACACAACAAACCUUCUAGUAUCUUCGAAAAUAAUUCCCGUAAAAGCCCUAAAAGCACUAUCAACAUCAUUACUUAUUGCAACAAUUUUGCUCAAUGCAAACUUUGCACUUAAACAUCGAAAAUUAUGUCUGCAAGUGACAAGACGAAUAUUACGAUUAUAGAGAGGGACGAUAGAAAAAGCGUACGAAAACAGAAACGUGCUUAUCAUAGAUUGUUCCGAGAUAUGAACAUUAAAUGCACUGAACAUCCUACCCAGCACCUAAUGAUAUGCAAUGGUGGUCUGGUUACCGGUAUCAAGAGAGAGACAUUGCAGUGUGUAUUAGAUCCUCUGAUCUCCAAAUAUACUCUGACAAUGCCAACAGGCAAAACGUACUGCUUUGUCACAUGCAACUCAAAGGAGGAUGCAACAUGUGUAUAUAAUUAUAUUCAUGGACGCAUUAAGCUUCCAGGUCAAAAUGGCCCGUUAUAUGUAUGUUAUACUGAAAGAGUUCCUAUCACAGAUUAUUUUGUAUCUGAUUCUGCAUUUCCACCUGGUUUAACUUUAAUAGAGAAUUUUAUAACAGAGGAGCAAGAGAAAAUGUUGUUAGAAACAGUUGAUUGGGACAAAUGUAAAAAUGUGAUAGAUUUGCAAUCAAUUAGUUGGGAUCAAUAUGGAACUGUCUGGUCACAACUGAAAUACAGAGAUGUAAAACAUUUUGGAUACGAGUUCGAAUAUGGCACAAACCUAGUAAAUCCUGACAAACCCAUUGUGCCAAUUCCCCAGGAAUACAAAUUUCUACAAACUUUAUUUGAUAAACAUGGUCAUAAGUACACUUAUGAUCAGUUGACUGUUAAUAGGUAUCUACCUGGUCAAGGUAUACCACCACACAUUGAUACACAUAGCGUCUUCGAGGACACUAUAUUAUCUUUGUCCCUGGGAUCCAUGUGCAUUAUGAAUUUCAUAAAGGAAGAUAAAAGAAUCGAAAUUCUUCUGCCAACCAGAUCUUUAUUGAUUAUGACAGGAGAAGCGAGAUAUGCAUGGAAGCAUAGCAUCUCUCCUCGUUACGAUGAUGUUAUCAAGACAGAAAAUGGACCCACGACACAGGAACGUGGCAUCAGAGUAUCUUUCACCUUCAGAAAAGUACGACGUGGUGAAUGCUAUUGUGAUUUCAAAGACUACUGUGAUACUGCCAGACGUGAAAUUUUCAUUGACGACAAGAUGGCGUCGGGAUUGGAAAAUUCAUAUGUACAUAAAGUUUAUGAAGAAAUAUCUAAUCACUUUAGCGAGACACGAUGUAAACGAUGGCCUUGUGUAACAAAAUUCCUUAAAAGUUUAGAAAAAGGUACAUUACUUUUAGAUGUGGGUUGUGGAAAUGGCAAAUAUCUUAAUGGAAAUCAGAAUGUAUUUAAGAUGGGAUGUGAUUAUAACUCCGGAUUGAUAGAUAUAUGUCGCAAACGAAACUUCGAGGUUAUUCAGUGUAACUGCCUGUAUUUACCGUACAAAGACGAUUCCGUGGACGCAGCAAUCAGUAUUGCAGUCAUUCAUCAUUUAUCCUCUGACGAACGAAGACUAAGAGCUAUCUCCGAGAUAGUUCGAGUACUGAGACCAAAGGGAAGAUGUUUGAUUUAUGUGUGGGCAAUGGAGCAACACAGGAAUUCCAAGGAUUCGCUGUAUGUGAAGUCUGGUAAAAAGAGCAAGGAAUCUGAGAACAUCAAUGAGAGUGAAAUCAAUUAUGAGAAAAUCUCUGAGUGUAAUAUAACGUUACCGAUUCACAAAAAUAGAACAGUCUUCCCUCGGAGCGACAUGCUGGUUCCUUGGACUAAGAAGAGUGGUGAACGCUUUCUGAGAUAUUAUCAUGUAUUUCGCGAUGGCGAGCUUGUGAAAUUGUGCACGAAAAUACCAUCGGUCUCGAUUAAACAGGUGUACUAUGAUGAAGGCAAUUGGUGUGUAAUUUUAGAGAAAUGUGUAGAGAGAUUAUAGAAUAAAAAUUUAGAUUGAGCUCAUUUAAUCUUUCAAAAAUAUAUAUUUUAAAAUCUAGUCGCUAUCUGUUAA